CUCACCUACAUUUUGCAGGAGAAGACCAACAGAAGAGCUCUUCUUAAAAUUGCCAUGCACCUAACAAGGAUUAGUUUACUUCUGCUCUUAACCGGAAUCACCAAAGGUUGGGAUUGCGGCGCGGGGUGCAACACUGAGAACGGGUUGUGUGUGAAACCAGGAGAGUGCAGGUGCAAGCCAGGCUGGUCCGGGAGGACAUGCGACCAGUGCAUCCCGUUCCCUGGCUGUCUGCACGGUGCAUGUGAGAAGGCAUGGCAGUGUGUCUGUGAAGAGGGCUGGGGGGGCAGCCACUGUGAACAAAAUAUACGUCCCUGCUCUUCGGCGCCUUGCUCUUCCAACGCCACCUGCGUGGAGACGGGAGUGGGGGUCUACGUCUGCAUGUGCCCCAGUGGGUACGGGGGGGACCGCUGUCACCUGAGGCAAGGGCCUUGUCUAACCAACGGCUCUCCUUGCCAGAACAGAGGCACGUGUGUGGACAGCGCGGGGGGGGUGGCCUCAGCGUCCUGCCUGUGCCCGGCAGGCUUCACCGGGGCCUUCUGCGAGAUCAGUGGGGAGAGCUGUGCCCCCAACCCCUGCCUCAACGACGGUAACUGCACCGACCACGGCCCGGGCUUCGCCUGCGCCUGCCCCCCGGGCUUCUCCGGGUUCACCUGUGACCACACCGCCGGGCAGCCGCCCCCCUCCCCCUCCCCCUCCCCCUCCCCCUCCCCCUCCCCGUGCAUGGCGGGUCCGUGUGCCAACGGCGGCACCUGCGUGGACCUGUCGGACACCGCCUUCCACUGCGCCUGUCCGCGGGGCUUCACCGGCGUGCGGUGCUCACCGCAGCGGCGCCGGCACAAGGCUGCCGGAGCCCCGCCCGGUCACAGGGUUCUGUCGCUGACCCCCGGGCACUACCUGCUGCCGGCGCACGGCUUCCACAAGCUGCUCCACCCGCCAGAGCCGGACCGGCCGAAGGAGAGGGUCUCCGGCGCCUCGUCCUCUGGGGGCGGGGGUGUGGUCAGCAGGCACGGCCAGCUCCUCUGCUUCGGUAUGCUGGCCCUGCUCACCAGCCUGGUCAUCCUGGGCACCACCGCCAUCGUGUUCUUCGGCCGCUGCGAGGCGUGGCUGGCCAACGCCAGGUACAGCCAGCUGGUGCGCCAGCACCGGGAGCACCAGCUGAGGGGGUCCCGCAGUGCUCAGGACGAGCCCGGUCCGUCGGUCAACGUCAUCCUGCCCGAGAAGAUCAGGCUGGCCAGCUUCGGGAGGCAUUACACCUCGAUCUGA